AUUCUACCGCGUGAGUGCAGUGUGAAUAUAUAUUUACGUGAACUCUGUCAGUAAUUAAAGUCCAGUGGACUUUAAUCUGUUUUAAAUUGUGCUGGCUCAUUGGGAGAUUUAUAUAAAAGCAUCAAUUAAGUGAAGGCAUUAUUAUCUAAUUUACUUUCAGCAAAAAUGCCGGAAUUAACGGGAUUACGUUUUGAUGGUCGUGUAGUUGUUGUAACAGGAGCUGGAACAGGCUUGGGUCGAGCAUAUGCUUUACUAUUUGCUUCAAGAGGUGCCAAUGUUGUAGUAAACGAUUUGGGUGGAGGUAGACACGGUGACGGAAGUAAUACCAAAGUUGCAGACAUAGUUGUUCAAGAAAUCAAGAAAAAUGGUGGAAAUGCUGUUGCCAAUUAUAAUUCUGUCCUUGAUGGUGCAAAAAUUAUCAAAACAGCCAUCGAUACUUUUGGACGAGUGGACAUAGUUGUUAAUAACGCUGGAAUUUUAAGAGACAAAUCAUUUUCUAAGAUGACAGAUGCAGACUGGGAUUUGGUUCAAGAUGUUCACUUGAAAGGUAGUUAUAGAACUACUAAAGCUGCAUGGCCUUAUUUUUUGAAACAAAAUUAUGGUCGUGUGAUAAUGACGACAAGUAACAGUGGAUUAUAUGGAAAUUUUGGGCAAGCAAAUUACAGUUCAGCAAAAAUGGGCCUUGUUGGUUUAGCUAAUGCAUUAGCCAUAGAGGGUAGGAAAAAAAAUAUACAGACAAAUGUAAUAGUACCAACUGCUGCUUCUCGUUUAACGGAAGAUAUUAUGCCACCAGAUCUUUUUGAUAAUUUAAAACCUGAAUUAAUAGCCCCAGUAGUUGUUUGGCUAUGUCAUGAAAAAUGUACAGAAAAUGGUUCUAUUAUAGAGUCUGCAUUAGGAUGGGCUGGAAAAUGUCAUUUGAUUCGUUCAUCAGGAUCCACUUUAAGACAAAAUUUAUCAGAAAAUAUUACCCCUGAAGAUGUUGCAAAAAAUUGGGCAACUAUUACUGACAUGUCAUCUGCUAAACAUUUUGAUAGUAUAGAAGAAGUAAUGGGACAAUUCAUGAAUGCAAUAGAAGAAAUGAAAUCUGGAAAUGCAGGAAAGGAUAAUACUUUUAAACAUACUUACAAUAACCGAGACACAAUAUUAUAUGCAUUGGGAGUUGGUGCUACAGUAAAAGAACCGUCCGAUUUACAGUAUCUUUAUGAAUGUCACGAAAAUUUUACUACAUUACCUACAUUUUAUACCCUCUAUGGCCCAAUGUUUGCAAUGAAUUCUAAAAUGCUCGAAGAUAGCUUACCUGGAUUCCAAAUAAACCCAAUGAAGAUGUUGCAUGGAGAAGACUACAUUGAACUACAUAAACCAGUACCAACGGAAGCUACUGUAGAAACACAUUUUAAACUUGUAGAUAUACUUGACAAGGGUUCAGGUGCUGUAUUCUUAAUAAACUAUGAAACUUUUGAUACCAUGACCGGUGAUAAGCUGUCUACAGGACAAAUAUCACUGUUUUCUAUAGGAAGCGGUGGAUUUCAGGGAAAGCGAACGUCUCCUCAUGUUGUGCCAACUAUUGAUCCACCCAAUCGAAAACCAGAUGCGUCAGUUACUCAACAGACUAGUUUUGAUCAGGCAGCAUUAUAUAGACUGAGUGGCGAUAGGAAUCCCUUACAUAUUGACCCUAAUCUAGCACAGAUGGCUGGUUACAAAACACCACUAUUACAUGGUUUAUGUUCCUUUGGAUUUUCUGUUCGUCAUGUUCUUCAAACGUACGCUAAUGGUGACUCAAGUUUAUUCAAAGCUGUCAAAGGUCGGUUUGCGAAUCCUGUAUUCCCAGGUCAGACUUUGCGAACUGAUAUGUGGCAAAAUGGGAAUAGAAUACACUUCCAAACGUAUAUCACUGAAACUAAUGUACCAGUUGUGACAGGCGCUUAUGUUGAUUUGAAAGACGUGAACAUUAAGCAACUUCAAAUAAAUAAUUGUUCUGGCACUGCAAGUCUUCAAAGUGAUGCAGUAUUUGCAACUAUGGGUGAAUACGUGAAAGCAAAUCCUGAAGAAGUAAAGAAGAUCAAUGCUGUCUUCGUUUAUAACAUUUUGGUAAAGGGAACACCACAAGCAACAUGGACUAUGGACUUGAAGAAAGCUGAAUUACAUAAAGGAGAGCCAAAAUCAGGAAAAGCCGAUGCAACAUUGACAAUUGAGGAUGUGGACAUGAUUGAAAUGGCUUUGGGUAAAUUAAAUCCCCAGAUGGCAUUUAUGCGGGGAAAACUAAAGGUUACUGGAAAUAUCAUGCUGACUCAAAAAUUAAGGACUCUUAUGGAAUCUGCUAAAUCAAAAUUGUAAUAUUAUCUACAUCUUUUGAUAAUUUAGGAGACUGUGGGGUAAUGGUGGUCGGUAAUAAUACGGGGUAAAAUAUUUAGUUAAACAUAUAAAUCAAAAAUAUUGAUAUACAAUAUAAAUAUAAUUCUUUGUAUUUGUAACACAUCUAUAUGUAAAUCCAAGUUAAAUUGUAAGAAACGAUUCAAAAUUAGUACUAACAUUCUAUGGUCUGCACAAAAGGUACAGUAUUUGUCAUGUUAAAAAGCAGAUAUAACUUUUUUUUUGUUGUUAAGCAACAAGUGAGGUGGGACUAUACAUACGUGUAUCAAACAGUAUAAUAAGACGUAACCAAGAAAAAUUAUGAAUUUCGGACGUGAGACUUUGUAAUAAUAGUACUGACUAUCAUUAUCAGUUGACCGCAAUUACUCUAUUCUUCUUUAUAUUGCAUUAUCAUUGUUAUAUCGAUCUAUGAUUAUAUGUAAUUGUUAUUGUUUAUUGUUCAAUAUUUUUAUACUUUUAUAAUUUUUGAAUAAGAUAAUUAGGUUUGGGGUAAAAUGAUCAUAGCAUAAAUAAUAAUAUAUAUUGCUUUUGUAGAAACAUGUAUAAAGAAUAAGAGAUUUUAUAUUCUGAUUAUAAAAUUAUAGAAAUAUUUUAUUAUAACAUGCUCAUGUUUGUAUAAAAAAAGGCUGUUUCAUUGUUUCAAAGUAA